AUGAAGUUACCUGUCUGGGACCAGAGCCAGUCGGAGGCAGCGUGGUUGGUGCUAUGGGCAUUUGGUAAGAUUUGAGAAUGGGUUUAAAAAAAAAAUAUAUAUAUAUAUAUAUAUAUAUAAUAGCUUUUAUAAUAUCUGUGUGUGUAUUUUAGUUGCAUACCAUGACACUAUUAGGAAAGGGAGUGGUGGUGACAAGUGCUGAACAACACUCACCACCACAGAAAUGUGGUAGAGUAACAUUCUUCUUUGGAAAACAAAAAAAACACAGGCUAUUUCCCUGCAUCUUUUGUUUUGAUUGAUUAGUAAUGAGUAAGUUUUUGUAGCAUGUAUAGGCCUAUACCUGUGUUAAAAGUAGACUUCCUUUGAGGUCAGUAAGUGCACUUUUUGUCAGUAUGUUUGUGUUAAUGGCCUUAGCAUGACUGUCAAACUGAGGUGUGAUAAUGGUAAAUGUCAUGAACAGGAAAAGCAAGAAAAACAGCAUUGUGGCUCACACUCUACCUCUGUGUGUGUGUGUGUGUGUGUCUGUCUGUUUCCCACUCUCCCCUGUCUGUAAAAUAGGUCACAGAGUCCCUUUUUUAUGUUGACUAUAAAUAAGUGUGAGCCUGUGUGUGAGAAAAAGUUUGUUUGCAUUCCUUUGUGUGUCCGAGGGGUCUGUGUCCUUGUUCUUGUGUGGUUGAAAUUUAUAGAAUGGCUCAUAGUAUAUGCCAUGGUCUCUUAUCUACAGGUGUAAUCAUUCAUGAGUGAAGGAAUCAUUAAUGACAGACUGUCUAUCCACCCAGACAUUUCAAAGGGCAAUGUUUGUUCUUGUUUAUUAUGGUGAUUAUGCAUUACUCUUUCUCACACCCCUUCUCUCACCCUUUUCUCUCUCUCUCUCAUACAGCAGCGUGUGUGAGGGGUGGGUUUGUGGAGCCUCCUCCAUCCUUCUCCCUGCGUUCCUUGACGGAGGCUGAGACGCGGCUGCCCUGUCAGUUUCAGGUUCAGGAGGACGAGCAGGUAGUUCAGGUCAGCUGGAUCAAGGAGCUACCUGAUGGCACCAAGGAACAUAUCAUCACCGUCCACCGCACAGAGGGACACACAGGUUGGUACACCAUGCCCUCACCAACUCACACAUCUUAAUCACUAUCAUAAUGUUGUUUUCAUGCAUUUGUCUGCAAUGACUGUAAUGUUUACCUGAAACAAAACCAUGUCUCUGUCUCUCUCUGUUAGAGUUUGGGCGGUAUUCUGGAAGAGUGAGGUUUGAGAGCAGUCGCCCCAUGGUGAACUCUGCUCUGCUCAUCCUGAUCACUGAGGAGUCUGAUGAGGGGAAAUACAUCUGUCACAUCAGCACAUUCCCCUAUGGGAACUUCGAGAGGAAGCUGUCACUCACUGUGUGGAGUAAGACUAAUUUAUUUCACCAUCCUCCUUUUCAUCCUAGUUGUAAACCAAGUUACUAUUUUCAUUGUUAUAGAUUUUAGUCAUUUAGCAGACACUCUUAUCCAGAGCGACUUACAGUUAGUGAGUGCAUAAUUUUUUUUUUUUUCAUACUGGUCCCCCGUGGGAAACGAACCCACAACCCUGGCGUUGCAAACGCCAUGCUCUACCAACUGAGCUACACGGGACAUAGUCAUUUCCACUGAAGGAACUCUCUCAGUUCUGACUGACCAAAGCCUUACUUAAAAACUAAAUUUACCUGCAUAAAAUGCAAUCUAAUAUAGCUCAGCUUGACCGUGCCCUUCUACCUCCCUUCCUCCCCAGCCUUCCCCAUCUCCUCUCUGGACCCGGUGGUUCUGGAGGAGGGCCAGUCCUUCCGCGUGGCUGCCUCCUGCCGCUCCGUGGCCCGCCCUCCACCCCGCCUGACCUGGGACACGGACCUCCCUGGCCAGGCCCAGAACCGCAGCUCAGAGAGCGGGGCCGUGUCUACCCACUUCUCCCUGCACCCCCUGAGGAGCAUGAAUGGCAUGCGGUUGGACUGCCUGGUCUGGCACCCUGCUCUGGAACAACCCCGCAGGAUCAGCAACCGCCUGGUGGUGCAAUGUGAGUUUACCCUCAGCUGUCACCAUGGGAAGGUGGUAACUAGAUGGCCAUGCUAGGAUGGAUUAAAGUGAAAAUGUUUGUGUUGAUAGUUCCCCCAGAUGCAUCUGUCACCGGCUUUGAUGGAAACUGGUACAUGGGACUGAAGGGAGUUGAACUCCGAUGUGAGUCUGGAGGAAACCCCAAACCAAAAAACUUCACCUGGACCAGGUAUUACCUGUCUGUCUGACUUACUGUCUUUGUUUCUGUCUAUGCAUUAUUUGCCUAAUGUAACACACUGCAUUAUAAAAUAUACUAUACAUAUACUGGCGUGAACAAUAUACACACACACACAGUUUUGUAUUGCUAUCCUUAUGGGGACCAAAUAAUUGAUUCCAUCCAAAAUCCUAUUUUCCCUAACCUAACCAUAAGCCUAACCUUAAUCCCAAACCCCUAACCCUAAAACUAUACCUAACCCUAAUUCCUAACCCUAACCGUAACUCCUAACCCUAACCUUAAUUCUAACCCUAAGCCUAAUUAUAAUCCUAACCCUAAGCCUAAAAUAUCAUUUUUUCUUGUGUGGGGACCAGCAAAAAAUUUUACUAUCCUUGUGAGGACUUCUGGUACCCACAAGGAUAGUUAAACAAAAACAUACACACACACACACACACACACACACACACACACACACACACACACACACACACACACACACACACACAAAGAAGAGUAUGUCAAUUAGGAGGGUGCCUUUCUCUCUUUGUUCCAUUCAAGAUGAAAUAAAAGACAUCGUGUCCAGUUACAGAAUAAGAAAACCGAUUGGGAGAGAGACAUUUUCACACGUGUGAGGGAGCCAGGGAGGGAGGAGGAAGAGUUGGAGGCGCAUCUUAAGCACUUAAUCAUAGUGACUCACUUUAAAUAUCACUCUAAUACGCAGUAAAACACAGGGUCUGCACAUAAUUAAAGAUUAUUCUGCAAGCUUUACAAUACUGACAGAACACACAAUUAAAUACUCACUAUUGCAGUAUGAUAAAAAUCCAUGAGUCCGUUUCUGCAGUAGUUAGAUAUAAUUGAAGGAGAUAUACUUUCCAAAAUUGCUCUAAAUGUAUAUAAAGUAUCAUAUUUAGCAUGUUGCUAAAAACGUAAUGCAUUUUAAUGAAAAGAAACAGGAUCCUGACCACUUGGUGAUAGGGUUUCCCUAUCAGUAGUAUUAUUCUCAAACAUAUAUUCAAUGUCAGAUGUAAUCUCUGGCGUUAAUUCCAUUAUGAAGGAUUGGUUAGAAGGUUGGGCUGAGUGAGAACAGAAAUGUGAGAAGCUCCUUGUUGGGGUGAGCAAUAAACUGGUAGCCCGGCUGGGCACAGUGAAACUAGGGCAACAUGAGCCCUCUCAGUGGACCUAGUUCCUGGUGGGGUCAGAUACUGGCUCGCUAUUAAACUCCCUGGGACAUCUGAGCUUAUUCAGGGGCCUCUUACUUCAUAGUAGGCUCAAAUCCCAAGCCAAGCUGUAUUUUUCUAUUCAGAUCAAUAGGAGCAGCAAUUAAACUGAUUUUACAAGUGAAUGCAAAUGGUUGGUUUCCCUUUAGUCAACCUGAUACAACGAAAAUGUAUUUAGCUAAAAACAGUGUUGUGUUCGAGACCAUCUAAAGCGAGACCGAUUCAAGACCAAGACCGGAGCAAAUCGAGUCCGAGUCAAGACCAAGACCGGUGGGGGGGUGGGGGGGUGGCGAGACCGAGUCAAGACCGAGACCGGAAGGGGCACACCCGUCGCUAUGGGCGGGCCAUAGGGGGCCGGGCCCGCCCCCAAAAAUGCUUGUGCCCCCCCCCCACUUGAGGGAAUUUAUUAUUAAAUAUACGUACUUUAGGCUAAUAAUAAUUGUGCCCUGCCCUCCCAUGCAUUUCAUAUGGCCCCCUUAAGACUGAGGUCUGGCGACGGGUCUGGGAAGGGGGACAAGGGGUCCGAGACCAAGUCAAGACCUAGACCAGAAAAAUGCGAGUCCAAUUCAAGACCAUGAUUGUAAUUUUGUCAAAUCACCACCAUAAUAAGAGUUAAAAAUGUCCAGUAUUUCUGUGUUCAUAUUUCAGAACAACAUAUGGAUUCUUUAGUCAUUCAGAAUAGUGAAAGAAUGCAUUCUGAGGGAAAUAGAGCCACUCUACUAAUUAUUACUAACCCAAACACAGUGGGGAACAAUUGGCCUUCUACGCCUUCAGAGAAGGGCUAAGGAUUUAUAAAAUAAUUAUAAUCAUAUAAUUAUAAUUUGUAAGUCGCUCUGGAUAAGAGCGUCUGCUAAAUGACAAAAAUGUAAAUAUAAUUAUAUUAUUAUUUUCAAAGAUGUUCUGAUUUAAUCUCUUCAGUUUGUGUUGGAAAGGAAAGGGUUAACGCUGAAGAGAAAAAAAUAUCCAAUCAGGAUUUUUCUUUGCUGGUCUCUGGGGAGAUAAAUCUAGCUAGCUAAAUCAGCCUUUGGCUAGGCCAUCAGAAGCUACAGUAGAUAAAGGCAUCUGCCAUUCAACUGUAUUAGGGCAAACUUUUGGAGUGACAGUGGAAUCAACCAAUCACAUUUUGACUUAAUGGAUGGGACAAUUUGUACAAAUAUGAAUGGAAACUUCUGUCUUCUUUAAGGUCAACAUGUCACUGCGCAAUAUCGAGCAGUAGUUUUCCCACGGUCUAGCUAGCUAACUUUUGUUGUCGGCUAGUUUGCAGUGGCUGCAGCAGGUGUUAUCAAAGAGGAUGUUGUUGAUAAUUUGUUAGCUUCUCCCUUUUCAAGAAUAACUUUAAACAAGAAGUUAAGUUUCAAAUGAUCAUUAUAUGGUGAGUGGAACUGUGUUUUUUUUAUUGCAGCGCGCUUGCUGUUGUUAGCCAUCUCUUUGAAAAUAACUUAUGUGUGUGAAACAUUGUUGCAUUUAAAGUGGAACUGACAGCAUUUUAGCAUCAUGAAAUCUUGUAAAAAUUACACCCCCAGGAAGAAAUCGGACACUUAGAUAUGGUCAUUUUCACGUUUUCAUAAAUUCUUAGAAUGUUUGGGAAUGAUGUAUACUAAGGCAUUUGUGAAAAUUCUAUAGCAACAUAGAGAGGGAAAGCAGCCGUGCGUUUGGACAAUUAAUAGACACUGCAGCAAAUAAAACUGAGUGUCCAACCAGGCCCAUCCAUGUAUACGCCCCUGAUGCAAACAGUGCAUGAUGACAAUUGCACAUCACAAAUAGCCUACUAACCAACACUUCAGACAAACUUUUUCAAUACCUGGUUUGCAUACCCGUUGUUGCCUUAGUUAGCAUUUACUGGUAAAUAUCAUAAAUUGAAAUUUCUUUCCUACCCUACCGGCUACUGAUGUCAUUCUUCUGUGAGUUGCUCCAUGCCAAAACCAGUUAAGAGCUGCACACUCUUGCUGCCUGCAGAUGAUAUUCCUGCAGAUGAUAUUGGUAUUACGGUUGCUGUCCUUUCAGAAUCACGAACUUGUCACACACUGAAGGCCUAUAAGUUCGCCACUGCGCAAACAUCACUGUAAUAGAUAUAAAGACUAUUAAGAUAUUCAUGUUUCAAGAAAGGAGUGUAUAUAUUUGGCCUGGCGAAGUGGUUUUAUGCGCUGACUGAAUGGAAGCUGAUAAUUAUGAGUUUUUUACUCCGCUGGCUUCGGGAAAAAAUUACGAGUCCUCAUUUUCCGAGAUCGAGUCAAGACCGAGUACAAAUGUAUCUGACACCGAGCCAAGACCGAUUCAAUAUGUGGUCUCGAGUACUCCAACACUGGCUAAAACACCUCACCAACGCACGCUGACCUAUUGUUUUUAUUUAAUUGUAGGUUACUACUGUGUAGCUUAGCUGACAUUCUUGUCAGAGCUUUAUAUUCUGGAAGUUUCUAGUUGAACAAAAGGCUUUUAAUGUUGUUGUUUUUCCAUGAUUUGAAUUGAGAAUUGACCAACCUUGCCCUUACAAAAAAAGUUUUGAAACUGCAGUAAAAGUGCAGUAACUGCAGUCAACUGUGGUAUUUUGGACACAGUAAUUGCAGAAUAACUGCAGUGUACUGCAGUUGAACUGCACUCUGACUGCAAUAUUUUUUUCGUAAGGGUGCCCACUGUGUCUGCCUUCAUGGACAUUGCCAUUGUUUCAUGCAGCGAGUCUGCUAUUCCAUUAGUCAUGAUGAGUAUGUUGAGUAGGUUACAUGAUUACAUUGUUGAGAAGUUUAGUAUUAAUGUGGGCAUUCUUGUUUUCUGCUAUUCUUUAAUCCCCUGUAUCUGUGUAUUUUGUCUCCAUCUUCAGGGAUGGUAAGGCUCUGCCAGAUGGCCUGACUGUGGAUGGAGAAAGGCUUCUGUUUGGCCGAGCCCUGAGACAGAAUGACACUGGAGUUUAUGAAUGUGUGGUGAACAACGGUGUUGGGACAAGGAAAGUAGAAUAUAACAUCACAGUUACAGGUAAGGGGCAAUGUUACUCCUGUAUUUUGGGGAGAUCUGAACAGAAAAACAUAACACUGGUCACACUACGCCUGGUAAUUGAUUGGUAAUAUUUGUGUAACAUUGCUACCCCCUUGUGAUAAUAAUCUGAAAUACAGAUCUCACUAAAGUUGCAAUAAAACUGCAUUUUAUAGACAUGGCACUGCAAUCGCUACCUUUGUUUUUCUGUGUUUACAAUUUUGUGUGCAUUUCCUCUUUCCGUCCCACUCCCUCACACAGAGACAUCGCAGAGUGUGCAGGAAAUGAUCGUUGACACUCUAGUGAUGAUCAUUAUAGGUCUGGCUGCUGGGGUGUUGGUCAUCAUCAUGAUCAUCAUGAUCAUUUUAGUCAACCGAUACCAAAGACGCAAAAACAGCAAAUUAGAGAUGGAGCUUAGCAAAAGGAUGUGAGUUGAUUUCCAUAAUACUUUGAACCCCCCUUCCCUAUCCUUACAUACUCAAAUCCCCCUCUGUUUCUGAAAUGCUCUCUUUCAUAGGUUAGAAAUCAACACUCUCUCCAGACAGGCCUCCUCCAGGAGACUCAACUCUGUCAGCACAGACCCCAGAGGACAGGUGCAGAGUACUUUAAAUUCAAACACUUGUUUGCUCUUAUUUCCAGUUAUCUAUCAUUUUCAGUUAUUAGUUAUCAUCUACUUGUGAAUGUGUGUCUGCCAGCAAUAAUGAUAGUAUUUUUCUACUUUUUACCCCACCCACAGAAUGAAGACUAUACACUACUCAGACUAGACGGUAGAAUGAAAAACAGCCUAAUGUCCCUUGAGGUGAGAGUUCAAUAAAAGCUUCAACACUAUUAUACAUUUACAACAUAUUAUGAACAGUGUCAUAUGGAUUUAUUCAUUGAUGUUUAAUCUGUGGAUUAUUGUGAUCCCUCUCGUUAGGACCAUCCCAUCUACAAAGGCAGUCAAUCCACCCUUGGUGGGAGGUGGGGGACGGUUGGAAAGGGUGAUUUGGACCCCCUAGGCCGUCCCGUCCUGUACCAGUCUAGCUGGCGCGAGUGCAGAGAGAGUAUGAGGGGGGCUGAGAUGGAGGGAGAAAGGGAAGAGCGCAGACGAAGGGUGGAGUCGUACCUAAAGAGCAGCAAUAUGUCCCUGGUGUGUAUUUGUGUCCGAGAUAGGAAAAGGAUACGUGAAAUUUGAAAAUGCACACUAAGUUUACUCUGUAAUAACUGAAGGCCUAUCUGUUUCUCUUCAUGCCUCGCAAUAUGUGGCUCUCUAUUUCUCAGGACUCUGGCCUUCCUUCCUCCCUUGUCCCCAUGAAGCCCCAGGACGGGCAGUGUGGGGCCCACAGACAUCCCCCCAAUGCUCAGCGACCUGGGUGGCCAGAGGGAGGGCGUGACCGAAGGGGAAGACUGGGGCCACAGACAGGACAUGCUGGAGGUUGACGAGGCUGACUGUGACACCAGUUCAUACUCGAUCUCAGAGGCACUCUCCAACCACUUCCACUACAGCAACGGGUUCCUGCGGCCCAAACCGCACUCCAACGCCAUCCUCCUACACCCCAGAGGACAGAUCAUCUAG